AUGAAAUAUUUAUUAAAAUUUUUAUUACACGUAUCAAUUUUUAUUACAUUAUUAAUCUCCUCAACUGUAUCUAAAAAAAAAACUACAAAAAAUAAGGAACCAACUUUAGAAGAGUUUAAUCGUCUUACAGGUAUAACCUGUUACACAGCUGAUUUAAAGAGAGUAUUUGUAUGUAACAACUAUUUAUUUUAUAAUGAAACAAAAGCAGUAUUAUAUCACAUUAAAAUUUACAAUGAUUUUAAAAAAAUUAAAAGCAAAUCUAAACCAGAUGGAGCAUUUACAAAUAAAAUAAAAACAAUAAAAAACAAAUAUAUAAUUGGAGAAUAUAGAGGGGGAGACUUUUAUGAAAUAAAUCCUUUUGUGGAAAAAUAUAGAGAAGAAGUAUGGGGUGAUUGUGGUGAUUGUUAUCGUCAAAUUACUUAUCCAAAUUUUAAAGUUAGAGUGUUGGAAGAAAUAAACUGUUAUAGAAAAUUACAUGGUGUACCUAUUGUUUCUUAUGAUUCAAAAUAUAAUAAAUAUGCUAAAGAAGAAGUUAAAAAGUUUUUAAAGACUCGUAAAAGUUCUAGCUGUGAUAAACAAACUAAAUUUGGUUGCGUUUAUAUGGCACUGCCAGAUUCUCAAGCUCAUUUAGUUAUCAGUACAUUAUAUGAAAAAUUAUUGGCAUAUUAUGACUGGAGAAAGAAUGUUUAUAAAUCAAAAUUAGAUCCAGCAAUACAAUUAAUUUGGAAAGAAGUAAAAUAUAUUGGAAUUGAUUUUACUCAAAAAGAUUACUAUCUUCAUAUAUUUUUAACAUUUUCAUCUAAAGUUAAAAAUGAUAAAAGUUACGAUAAAAACGUUCUUCCAGUCAAGUCAACAUAUAUUAAGAAGUAUGGAGAGUUACCUAAGAAAAGAAAAUCUUCAAUAACUUUAUAUUAA